ACCCAAAUUGAAAAUCAUAACAAACAAAUUUCGUGAAAGAAAAUUGCGUGAAAAUGGAAGUUACGCCGCCCGUAACGGGAGGAAAUCCUCGCCGGAAGAUUCUUCAAAUGGCUGUGUCAACAAUUUUAUUGGAAUCGGGUUUUGAUGCUGUUGAUCGUGAUGCUCUUGAGACAUUGACAGAAAUGUUACAAAGCUUAUUGGUUGAAAUUGGUCAUUCAGCUCGUUGUUUUUAUGAACUCUCAGGAAGAAUUGAACCUGUUAUUGGCGAUAUUGUUGUAUCUCUCGUGAAUAUGGGCAUCAAAUUAGAUGGCAUCGAGUCUUAUGGGAAACGAGAGAAGCGUCAUAUGAUUCCGACGCCUCAACAAGCAACACAAACAAAGCCUUUAAGCAUUUUACAAGCAGGUCAAAAACAACCUCAUCCAAGUCAUAUACCGAAUCACUUGCCCGAACUCCCCGAUCCUCAUGCUUACAUUCGAACACCGACAUAUAAACAACCCAUUACCGAAUAUGAGGCAAUUCGCGAAAAAGCCGCAAACCAAAAACGCGAUAUCGAAAAAGCACUUACAAAAUUCCUCGCAAAAACGGGCGAUACACAUUCAUUGUUCGAAACGGAAGAUAAUUUGUUCCCCUUGAUAGCGCCGAAACCCGCAUUUCCAACGUACAUGGCAGCUCUAAAUCCAACAGAUCAAGUAUUCGAUUUCGAAGAAUUGGAAUAUUACUAUCAAGUUGCGAAUCGAAAGGAAGACAUUACGGAUACGAAUGAGGAGGAAAUGGAAGGCGAAGGAAGCGACAAUGAGACAGAUCAUAAUAUAAGCAAAGAUGAAAUUGACGAGAAAAAGCCUGUUAAAGAAGAAGAAAAUCUCGCGACGAAAGAAGAAUCAAAUAGCGGGCACGAUAGAUCUCAUUCAAUUGAUAAUCCGUAUUUGAAAGCAGCUUCAAUGCCACACAAACUCAAAAAUGAGCACACGUAGAGCAAAUUUUCUCAAGAAUCAGGUUAAGUCAAUAAAAAAAUUAUAUUUUUUAAGAGGCAAAAAACAUCGUUUCACUUGAAU